AUGAUCAGAAUGAUGAAGAAGAGCUUGAUCUCUCUUGAGCAUUGCUUAUCUGUUAAAAUUCACAACACUACUCUUCAUGAACAUGACUCACUCAAGACUCUAGACUCUGAUCAAUGUCUUCUUCAUGACACUAUUCUCUAUCAUUAUACUGAGAUUCUUAAUGACGAGUCUCUGAAUCCUUUAUUAAUUAAUCUAGAUAGUGAAGAUGGCACUGGUAAAACUUACCUGAUUAUGAUUUUAUCUAUAACUCUUCAAAAUCUUGCAGAGGCUCAAGAUCUCUCAACCUCAAUUAUUCAAGCUAUGCUAACUGAUGUAGCUGCUCACUUCAUUAAUGCUUGA